CAAUUUCAGAAUACUGACUAAAUUCAUAAUGGAAGAUAGUCGCAUAUUGAAUCCCGGUAUUUCUAUUAAGGCUAGCGUGACUUUGGAGGAUGUGAAAAAAAUAAUUUUUGAGUCAUAUGGAAUUAAAGCCAAACAGUUGCAUGAACUCAAUGGAUACGAUGAUUGGAAUUAUCAUGUUACCACAGAAAAAAGUGAUUCCUCAAUUGAGAGCCGUGGUGAGGUUGGUGAAAAUGGUUAUGUCCUGAAAAUAAUCAAUUCCUUGGAUUCCAAGAAACCAGGAGUUUUCGAAGCACAAUCGUUGCUUUUAUUGCACUUAGAAAAUUAUGGAUUUCGCUGCCCCAAGCCCAUUUUGACAAAGGCAGGACAAUUUUUUGAAACGGUGGAGUUGAGAAGUGGAGAGCAUAUAGUUCGAUUGCUGGAAUAUAUAGAUGGUACGAUUUUUCAUAAGGUACCUCGAACACCCCGUUUGUUAUAUCAAGCUGGAGAAAUCGUCGGCAGAAUGGAUAUAGCUAUGAAGAGCUUCCACCACCCAGCCUAUAAUAACUAUAAAACCCUGUGGAUGCUGGACUCAGUACCUCAGAUUACCCAGUUUCUCUUCGCAAUCCAAGACAAAACCAAGAAACAGCUGGUCCAAAAUGUGGUCCAAGAAUUCCAAGACCGCGUUCUUUCCAUUUCCAACACCUUGGAAAGAGGUCUCAUCCACGGUGACUUCAACGAACAGAACAUAAUCGUAGAGGAACAGAAUGGGCAGUAUGAGAUUAAGGCAGUAAUAGACUUUGGAGAUGCUCAUAUAGCUUGUUACUUGUAUGAACUGGCGAUUACAAUGUGCUAUAUGAUGCUCAUCGACAAAGAUGUUUAUGCAGGAGGACAUGUUCUUGCUGGAUACUCUGCGAUUAGGAAAGUUCCAGACGCUGAGCUAUCUUUAUUGAGGAUUUGUAUUGCUGCUCGUUUAUGUCAGUCGUUGGUGAUCGGAGCUUAUUCAAAUUUGCAGGACCCUGAAAAUUCUUACGUCCUGACCACAGCGGCUCAAGGAUGGAUUCUACUAGAUCAAAUCUGGAAUGAAACUGAUUCUGGUUUAUUGCAUAAGUGGACUAAUAUUUAGGGCACGAUAUUGAAACUGUAGACAUCAGAAGCAUAACUCAUUUGGAAAAUAAACAUAUCCUCAUUUUCAAAUU